AUAUACAAUAUUCCACCGAGUGUUUCGCUUCUUAUUCCAAAUGCGGAACUACUUUCUGGGAGACAUUUCACACGGGAGCGCAUGUCAUGUAGCACUAGAGUGUCAGCUGCUGAUGUGGGAAGGAUAGGAAGUGUUUUUGUUAGAAAUUCACCUGAUUUUUUUUUUUUAAAUGUAAUCUUUUAGUCUAAGUCUCUCGGAUACAUUUGUGUUGAAUUUAUAUCGUCGCAUGUUUAAAGGACAUCUUUGUUAAAAAGUAGCAGUGUGGUCGGUUAGGAGGCAAAUAUCUGACAGAGAUUAUUGAGUGGCUUAAACCAGGAGCUGUUACAUUUAUCAAACUAAUACAGGUUAAAAGGUCAUGGUGGAAAACACUCCCUCUCCCCUGCCUGAGAGGGCCAUUUCCGGGUUUGUUCUCUUCCUCGGCUCACAGUUUGGCUUCUUUCUGUACUGCCUGUGGGCAUUCGUACCAGAAGAGUGGCUUCAUUCUGCAGGUCUCACUUACUGGCCUCAAAAAUAUUGGGCCCUUGCUGUGCCGAUCUAUCUGUUGGUUGCAUUGAUGAUCUGUUUUGUGUUGCUGUUUGGAGUGAACAUGAACAACACAGCUCCACUCGACUCUAUAGACAACAUUACAGAUGUGUACGCUCGAGGACAGAGGAACGAUGACUGUCGGAAGGGGGGAAUACCACCUAUUAAAGAUGUUUCCAUUAGUGAAGUCAACCAAAUGUUUUAUUUAUCACCCAGGCUGUAACAAACAGAAGCUGACUACUGGUUCAACUGAUGAGGUCUUUUUUUUUUUUUAACCUUUUCUUUUAUGAGUGUAUGAUUUAUUUAUUUCUCCUAGACCAUGAUCUGAUGCUUAACAGAUUUGUAAUGAGCUAAAUGAUGUGCAUCGUCUAAGAAAUGUAGCAUAUGAAGACUGUAUAUUCACUACAUUACACACUUUGAUUUUUUUCAGGCUUUCUUAUGAAAUAAACAAUCUAUAUUUUUAUAUUAAACAUCUGUUGAAUUUG